GCUCAGUGUCUGAAGUCCAUGCACGUCCCCCGUGUAGGCUGCUGCGCGCUCUCGUAACCAUGUCGCCAUUUUGAUUCGAAAAAUAUGACUGAGUUUUUCCUGCUUUACAUGCUAAACUUAGCCCCGCGUUUGAAUUACUUUGUGCGUGAGUACGAAUUACACUCUCUAAAUCUGAACCGGUAUAGUUACUAAUGUCAAGGAGCCAUCACCGUUGGGGAACUGUUUAUUUGAUAGACUUCAAAGCUACAUUUGACUAACGUUAGCUAAGUUGAGCUAGCUAACAGUAGCCUGUGCUGUCGCAGACUGACCCCUUCUUCAAAACAAAUCACUAUUGGCUCACAGGCUAAUGUAUGUUAGCUAACACAGCUAGCUAACAGUUAGCCGGAAAGCUAGUGACUUAGUAGCUGGCUGCUUGACGAAAAAACUCAACUCACAAUCUAACACAGACGGUAGGAAUAGCAGCGGACUUUCAAUCAAAGGUUAUGGUGAGCCUCUCAGACUCUCAUCUCCUAAAGAGGCCUGCGUUUUAAGAGGAGACCCAUGCUGAUAAAUGCCAGGCCUCGCCACACUCUCUGUCUUCUGCACAAACACAAAUGCCUGCCUGCCUGUGGGGGAGGUCUGAUUAAAGAUAUCCAUAUUUCAUCCACCGGGCUGUGUCCCCCGUCCCAGCGGCCACCAUGUUUUGGAAGUUCGACCUGCACACCACCUCCCACAUCGACCAGCUGCUGGACAGGGAGGACGUGUCGCUGAGAGAGCUGAUGGAGGAGGAUGACGUCCUGCAGGAGUGCAAGGCCCAAAACCGUCGGCUGCUCCUCUUCCUUUCCCAGGACCACUGCAUGCAGGAGCUGGUCAGCCUCAUCACCACAGAGCCGCCCGUCGACCUGGAGGAGAGGAGCCGCUUUAAGUUUCCCAACAUUGCCUGUGAGCUCCUGACAUCCGAUGUGUCCAUUAUAAACGAUAAGCUGGGCGCGGACGACUCUCUCCUUGAGGUGCUCUAUCACUUCCUGGAGCAGGACCCACCCCUCAACCCACUACUGGCCAGCUUCUUCAGCAAAACCAUCGGCAAUCUCAUUGCCAGGAAAACCGAACAGGUGAUUACCUUUCUAAAGAAAAAGGAAGGCUUCAUUGGUCUGGUGCUGAAACAUAUCGACGCCUCGGCCAUGAUGGACCUGCUGCUUCGCCUCAUCAGUUGUGUGGAGCCCGCCCCCUUGAGGCAGGAAGUCCUUCAUUGGCUGAAUGAGGAGAAGUUGGUACAAAGACUCACAGAGCUCAUCCAUACUGGCAAAGAUGAGGAGAGACAAUCAAAUGCAUCCCAAACACUUUGUGACAUCAUCCGCCUUAGUCGAGACCAGGCCAAUCAGAUGCAGGAGAAUAUGGAGGCCGACCCACUAUUGGCUGUACUAGAGUCGCAGGAGAGUGUCGCGGGGCUCCUCAAGAACAUGUUUGAGGGGGAGAGGAGUGAGGCCUCCAUUGUUAACGGAACUCAAGUGCUACUUACCUUACUGGAGACCAGGAGGUCUGGGUUGGAAGGGCUGAUGGAUCUGUAUUCUCAGGGUUAUGAAAGGUCUUACACUGUCAACAGCAGUAUUUUAAAUGCCAUUGAGCCCCAUUUAAAGGACUUCCAGCAGCUUCUCCUGGAUCCCCCCAAGAAAAGUGCAAUAUUGACGACCGUUGGCCUUCUAGAGCAGCCACUGGGGAACGCCCGCCUUCACGUGGCCAGACUGGUGGCCGCCCUGCUGCAGACCAACGCCCCCAGUAUCUGCCAGGAGCUCUGCAAUCUUACCACCAUGGACCUACUACUGGAUCUGUUCUUCAAAUACUCCUGGAAUAACUUUUUGCACUUCCAAGUGGAGCUGUGUGUGGCGGCCAUCCUGAACCAUCCUUCCUCAGAGGAGCGGCCCAGCCCAGGCCUCCAGAACCACGAUGGGAAGCCUGAAGCAGCCAACCCCGAGGGGGAGACAGUGGAGACAGGCAGGACCAGUGACCCACAGACCUCCAUCCACAAUGCCCUCGUAGCACAUCUCUUCCAGAAGUGUCAAUUGGUACAGAGAAUCCUUGAUGCCUGGGAGGAGAAUGAUAAAAUACAGGGGGAGGGCGGCACCAGGAGAGGCAACAUGGGUCAUCUGACCAGAAUUGCCAACAUGGUGGUCCAGAACCUGGAGAAAGGACCAGUACAGUCCCAGAUCACUGACCUCAUCAAAGAGCUGCCUGAAGACUGUAGAGGUCGCUGGGAGAGCUUCGUGGACGAGACCCUGAGAGAGACGAACAGGAGGAACACGGUAGAGCUGGUGAGCACCCACAACAUGCACUCGUCCAGCGAAGACGACGACAUGGAGAGCCCCUUCCCCAACGACCUGUCUCUCCAGCAGGCCUUCUCUGACUAUCAGAUCCAACAGAUGACGGCCAACUUUGUGGAUCAGUUUGGCUUCAACGAUGAAGAGUUCAGCGAGCACGAUGAAAAUAUCAACGCCACAUUUGACAGAAUUGCUGAAAUAAACUUCAAUCUAGAUGCUGAUGAUAAUAGUGCCAACGCGGCUGCUUUUGAAGCCUGCUGUAAAGAGAGGAUACGCCAGUUUGAUGACGCUGAAGAAGAAGAGGACAUUUGGGAGGAGAAGGAGAUGAACUAUGCAACACAAGCUAAAUCCAGAACAAGGUUUGGGGUUUCUCAAACCUCGGAGGAGAGCUCCAGGAGCAGCAUGGAGAACGGAGGCAGAGAGCGGGACCACGGAUCUGAAUCUGAUGAGGACGAGGACUCGGAGCAGAACACAUCAGAAACAGGUCCAGGUCCAGGCUGGACAGCAAAUUUCAGGGAGUCUGGAGGGACGGGAGGGACGGGAGGGACUGCAGCUUCCCAAACGCCAGCAGCGUGGGACAGCUCAUCGAGGAGCAGCUCAUCGAGGAGCGGAGCAGAGACGCAGGGAGGUGGCUGGGCCACCUUCACUGAGUUCCAGCCUUUCUCUGGUACAGAGACUGAUCCCAGGUGCAGCUCUCCGAUGGACUCGGGCAGCGGUGAUGCAGAGAAACAAGCCAAACCAAACCACGAGAAGAGAGAUGUUAGUGCCUCCUCUGGGGCUUGGCCGGUGGGAGAGGGAAGGAAGGCUCCUCUCGUGGCCUCAGACAGCAGCUCCUCCGGGGGGUCCGACAGCGAGGAGGACGACAAAAAUGCGGGUGCACCUCCCGCUGCAGCCGUCGCCUCUGAAACAGCCGCCGCCCCCGUCAACAAGACAGUCGACCCUAAAAGUGAGGAGAGUCCGGUGUCUCUGGAGAAACUCUCUCUGUCAGAUCCUCCUCAAGCGUCGGAGCAGCCGGCUGAAGAUUCACCCGUCACCGCACAGACCGACAGGAAAGAGGAAACGCCUCCGCCCCAGGAAGUGUCGGUCAACGGGCCGGUCUGAGCGCGAGCAGACUGCUAAAUCCAUCAGUGACCGUCGGCCUCCUCCGGAGUGACUCCCCUAAACAACCUCACUGCAACUACGGUGUUUGUACUGAAUCACUCGGCCACGUUAUUGGACCUGGACACUGCCAAUCAACACCAAUAAUGAGGAGGCGGAACAUGUAAACAAAAAAAAAAAAAAAAAAAAAAAAUUAAGAAACAAAGCCAACAGACAGAACGGAGUGUAGAGGAAUCAUCUUCAAAGCCUUUUUUCCGAUGUUGCACAUAAUUACGUGCGGUUUUAAUGUAGCAGCGACCUUUGAACGACAGAAUCCGAGGGGUAACAUCAACAUUAUUAUUUUUUAAUGUCCUGAAAGAUUUCUCUACCUGUUCCAAGCUGUUGGGAUUUUACAUGGUCAACCCCUGAAUGGAUAGCACAGGCUAACUUUUAAUGAUGCCUCAACAAUAAAUACCUUCUUUUUUUUAAAACUUUUUUUCUUCAAGCUUAAGAAAAAGCACUUAUGCAGCCAUUUACUGUACAUUAUAGCACAAUGUAAGUGUUCUACCCUCCUGCUGGCUGUCUGUGCGCUCAGAUCAAGGUUUUUGUCCGUUGUUCCCGGUUUGUUCCUCUUUAGCUGUUUGAUGAAACGUCGUCUUGUCGUACGUCACCAGGUUUCUGAAUGUUCUGAAGUGCUUCAGGAGGAGGCGGGUCGAUGAACAGCUCUAAUAGUAUUACUGUCUUUUGCUCAUGUGCAAUAAUAUCAAUUAGCGAUUUUAUUUAAAAAUUUAAUUCAACCUUUUUUUUAAAGAAUCAAUGUUUUGGUGUAGUUUGGGGCAGACAAAUUUGGAUUUAAUCUCAACUUGAUCGUUCUGAUUUUUAAAUAGUUUUUUCUUUAGUGCAUGUAUAACCGGUUCUGUUGACCUAGCUAGUGAGCGAAGACCUUCUGAUUGUAUUGACCUUUAAGUUCUUAUUGCUACCCCUCUUAAAUCAACCAAACAUUAUCUACCUAUAUACAAAUAUUAUCUACAUUUAAAAGUAAUUUUACAAGCAAUCUUGAGAUUACUAUUGUUGUCUGUUCCUUUUCUCUCCACCAAGCACUCACAGGACGAGAGCGGCGCCGUGUGUUUCUUUUCUUUUCUAAAGUUUAAUUUUAUUUGUCUGAGCAGCAGGAUUGGAAAGAGGGCAGGUCUGGGUUCUGCAGAGCUCCAGGCCUCUUUGGUGUACUUACUUAAAUCAUUUGACAGCGAUCGGGUUCUAGAUCAUUGUUUAAAAAAAAUUGAAAUUAAAAGUGUCUGGUCGACCACAUUAAUACCAAAAGCUUUGCUUUGCCCGUCUGGUUGUUGUCUUUCCACCUCUGCGAAGAUCCAGCUGCUGUUGAUGUGAAUAAGACAGAAAAAACAAAUCAAUUAAUGCAGCUUUUAGUUUGGAGUCUAAGUUGAUGUUUGUAGCAUAUCGUCUGAAAGGUAGAAAUCAAUCAACCUAAAAGUAACAAAGCUCAGCUGAUGAGUGAGGGUUCAAUACGGACGUCUUUCCUAAAUAUCUCAACAUACACCAUGAACAUUUAUAAAUGCUGUUUCCACUUUAAAACAGAAGAUAUUUUAUGUAUGAAAAAUAAAAGUGUUAUUGGAGGUGAAA